AUGGAAAACCCAAUUCCGCCAUCAUUCAAUCCAAAAUUGAACGGUAAAAUUGCCAUCAUCACCGGAGGAGCAAGCGGAAUUGGCGAAGCGACAGCAUAUCUGUUUGCUCAACAUGGCGCUCAGGUAGUAAUUGCUGACAUCCAAGAAGAAAAAGGUCGAUCGGUUGCGGAAUCAAUCGGGUCCACUCACUGCACUUUCAUUAAAUGUGACGUUACAGACGAGCAACAAGUCCAAUCCCUGGUACAAUCAACAGUGGAAAUUCACGGUCGAGUCGAUAUAAUGUUCAGCAACGCCGGAAUUGCAAGCCACAACGAGCACGCACAAGAUAUUCUAGGGUUCAAUCUGGAUGCUUUAGAUAACCUAUUCGCGGUCAACGUUCGUGGGUCAGUCGCUUGCGUGAAACACGCGGCGAAGGCUAUGGUGGAAGGUGGGGUAAAAGGAAAGAUAAUAUGCACGGCGAGCGCGGCGGCAACGAUGGGGGUAACGAGGCAAAUUGACUACGCAAUGUCGAAACACGCAGUACUGGGAUUGGUGAGGUCUGCAAGUAAAGGACUGGGUGCGUAUGGUAUACGAGUGAACUGUGUUUCUCCAGCAGCAGUGGCAACACCAUUGUUAGAGAAAUCGAUGAAAAUGGGUGUAGAGGAGCUGGAAAAACUGUUUGAAUCCUUCAAUUGCUUGAAAGUUGGAGCUCUUAGAGCUUCUCAUGUAGCUGAUGCUGUCUUGUUUUUGGUGUCGGAUGACUCUCAGUUUGUCACCGGCCAUAAUUUGGUCGUCGAUGGAGGUUUUCAUCCUCCUAUGUGAUUGUUAUUUGGGCUUAGGUUUGGGUUUUCUUUCCAGUUAACUUUGGGAUUAGGUUUGGUUCUCGUUCCAGAUAAUUAUGGGCUUUGGUUUCCACUUGUAUCUUUGUUGGGUCGUGGACUUGGGUUUGAAAAUCUGUUUAUAUUUCAAAAUAAUGCCUCGUUUUAAAA